GUUAUUUCAAAAUAACGAAAGUGGCUGUUAAAAAUAGGAGCGGCUGUUACACGUCUCACCAAAAUGAAGCUCAACAUCGAGGGUCUGUUGGUGUACUUUCCAUAUGACUACAUCUAUCCUGAGCAGUACUCUUACAUGCUGGAGCUGAAGAGGACCCUGGAUGCCAAGGGUCAUGGAGUCCUGGAGAUGCCCUCAGGAACAGGGAAGACCAUCUCUCUGUUGUCUCUCAUUGUUGCCUACCAAAGGGCCUUUCCUUUGGAGGUGACAAAGUUAAUAUACUGCUCCAGAACAGUUCCAGAGAUCGAGAAGGUUGUGGAGGAGCUGAGGAAACUGAUGGAGUUUUAUUCCAAAGAAACUGGAGAAACCAACAACUUCUUGGCUCUGGCUCUUUCCUCCAGGAAAAACCUCUGCAUCCACCCUGAGGUGAGCUCCCUUCGCUUUGGCAAGGAGGUUGAUGGGAAGUGCCACAGUCUGACAGCGUCCUACAUUCGUGCACAACGCCACAGCAACCCCAACCUGCCCGUCUGUCGUUUCUACGAGGAGUUUGAUGCAGUCGGCCGACAGGUGCCUCUUCCUGCUGGCAUCUAUAACCUUGAUGACCUAAAGGACUUUGGCAGGAGGAAAGGCUGGUGUCCUUACUAUCUGGCACGCUACUCUAUCCUCCAUGCCAACAUCGUGGUGUACAGCUACCACUACCUGCUUGACCCCAAGAUAGCUGACCUGGUGUCCAAAGAGCUGGCCAAGAAAUCUGUAGUGGUGUUUGAUGAGGCUCAUAAUAUAGACAACGUAUGUAUCGACUCCAUGAGUGUGAACAUCACCAGGCGAACGCUGGACCGCUGCCAGAACAAUGUGGACACACUCCAGAACAACAUACACAAGAUAAAAGAGACAGAUGCUGCUAAGCUGAAGGAGGAGUACAGGCGACUGGUUGAGGGGCUGAAGGAAGCCAACGUUGCCAGGGAGACAGACGUCUACCUCUCAAAUCCAGUGUUACCAGAUGAAAUUCUUCGAGAGGCCGUUCCUGGUACUAUUCGCACAGCCGAGCACUUUGUUGGUUUCUUGAGGCGUUUCCUGGAGUAUUUGAAGUCUCGUCUGAGGGUCCAACAUGUCGUACAGGAGAGCGCGCCACAGUUCCUCAAAGACAUCUUCGACAAAGUCUGCAUCGACCGCAAGCCUCUCAGGUUUUGUGCAGAGCGGUUGCAGUCAUUACUACGAACUCUGGAGAUUGCCGACAUCGCCGACUUCUCAGCUGUUACUCUCAUCUCCAACUUCGCCACCUUGGUCAGCACGUACAGCCAAGGUUUCACCAUAAUCAUUGAGCCCUUUGAAGACAGAACACCAACCAUCGCCAACCCCGUGCUGCACUUCAGUUGCAUGGACCCGUCUAUCGCCAUCAAACCUGUUUUUCAAAGAUUUCAGUCAGUCAUCAUCACCUCAGGGACUCUCUCUCCAUUGGACAUCUAUCCCCGAAUCCUGGACUUCCGCCCUGUUACCAUGGCAUCCUUCACCAUGACGCUGUCACGUACCUGCCUCUGUCCUUUGAUUGUUGGGAGGGGAAACGACCAGGUGGCCCUGAGCUCAAAGUUUGAGACCAGAGAAGACUUUGCUGUGAUUCGUAACUAUGGCAACCUACUUAUGGAGAUGUCUGCCAUUGUUCCUGAUGGCAUUGUGGCAUUUUUCACCAGCUAUGUCUACAUGGAGAACAUAGUGGCGUCUUGGUAUGAACAGGGUAUCCUCGAGAAUAUCCAGAGAAACAAGCUGAUCUUCAUUGAGACUCCGGAUGCUGCAGAGACGAGCAUGGCCCUGGAGAAGUACCAGGAGGCGUGUGAGAACGGCAGAGGAGCCAUCCUCCUUUCUGUGGCCAGAGGAAAGGUGUCUGAAGGAAUAGAUUUCGUGCACCAUUUUGGCCGGGCAGUCAUCAUGUUUGGAGUCCCUUAUGUUUACACACAGAGCCGCAUCCUGAAGGCUCGUCUGGAGUACCUUCGGGAUCAGUUUCAGAUCAGAGAGAACGACUUCCUAACGUUUGAUGCCAUGCGUCACGCAGCUCAGUGUGUGGGCCGAGCCAUCAGAGGCAAGACCGACUACGGACUCAUGAUUUUUGCUGACAAGCGUUACGCCCGAGCAGACAAACGUGGGAAGCUUCCUCGCUGGAUUCAGGAGCACAUUAACGACGGCAGUCUGAACCUCACUGUGGACGAGGCGGUCCACCUCUCCAAGCACUUCCUGCGGCAGAUGGCUCAGCCUUUCAGACAGGAGGACCAGCUGGGUCUGUCUCUGUUGACUCUCGAGCAGCUGGAGUCGGAGGAGAUGCUGCAGAAAAUCACUCGGAUAGCUCAGCAGACUUGAAGGUGACUUGCACUCCAUGUGAUGUGUGACAUGUGUGACAUGAUGUCAUGUCCAUGAUGAGAGCCAGAUGUGCAGCGUUUACCACAUCAGGACAGUUCAAAUAUACUAAAAUAAGUUACAACAGAAGUAGAACUUAAAAUUAGACUUUCUAUACUGCUCUUUCCUUAUAUGUGGCAUCUCCAUCCGCUGGUAAACAACCAUGAAAAGUAUUUAAAAUACAGGUUGACCCAGCUCUAGUGGUUACAGUAAUAUUUUUCGAGGGGGCAACUGCUGUGUAAGGUUACACAAAAUAAGCCACUCAGCAUUCAGUAUUUCACACAUUGAGUUUACAGAGCAUUAGCACCACAGCUCUCAGCCACACGCUCUCUGUAGUGCUGUGUUUACCCAUGUUAUAAAGAGGACAACGUCACAUCAGAUUCAAAAACACCUAACAGAAUGUGACAGGAUUUUUAUUUUAUUUUUUUCAAAAUCAUUACCGCCCUUAAGUCGGCACACCUGGGGUCCACUGGUAAGCAUGUAUUUCAGUACUACAUACAACUUUAAUAACUGGUUUGCAUGUUGUACCUUCAUUUUCCUGUCACUAAUGGCAACUAAAGGCAGUGAUGAAAGUCAGAUCAAAUGACUUAGUUCAUGCUAAUUAUUGCAGCUUGUCAUUGAAAUACUCAAAUUGUAAACUGCUGCCUAAAGCCAUUUAGUGUUGUAACAUUCAGUUCUGCUCAAACCAUCUUCAUUUGAAUCUGCUGUAGUCAAAAGUCAGCAGCCUGUUUUCAGUUUAGGUUGCCCCUUUAUCUCGCUCGGUAAACACAGCAUUACAUGUGGGAGAAAGGUGCUGCAGUUUCAUGGAGGUGGGCCUAAUAUUUUUUAUAUGCAGUGUAUGUUUUCAGUAUUCCUGUGAAUCUCUCCCGUUACGAUGCAAAAACUUUUACUUCACAUUAAACUGCUCAUAUGGAUGAGCUGUUUUCAGGGCUACUGCAGGUUGUGGAAAAAACACUCAUUACAUUUUAAAUAAAGGAAAAAAACACAUGCUGUUUUUAAAAAUGUUAAAAAAAAAAAAAUUGUUUCAAACAAACAAAACGUGCAGAUGUGUUGAAGUUAAUCAGUCAUCAUCAGUGGAUCAACACAUUGCAUUAACAACAGGAAUGUUAUUCCAUCUGUGGGUAUAACAUCAAUCCAUAUGGUGUCUGUCAUACAGACUGCUGUUUGUUUACUUUACUACUGCAACUGUACAUAGUCACAUUUUAUAGUGAAUGUGAAUAUUUGUAUCUGCUUUUCAA